AUGUCUUCCUCCCACCCCCCCCAAGACAAUGACCGCAUCAACGAAGACGAAAACGAAAUGUUCGACCCCGCCGACGCCGCCGAAGAAAUCAUCGACAUAGACGGCGACGCAGCCAUGGAUUCCGGCGACGAAGAUGCCGAUAACGACGGCGACGCCGACGAUCAAGAAAUGCAAGAACAAGAAAUCCAAUUGCAAAACGAUUCUUCCGCUCACAUGGACGCCCACGGCGACUCCAUCUUCUGCAUCGCGCAGCAUCCUCUGCGUCCCGAACUCAUCGCUACAGGUGGCUCCGAUGGCGAUGCAGAUAAUGCGCCUGGUGUGGGAUAUAUAUUCGAUGCGACGCCUGCGCCUUCCCCGGUGUUACCCGCGAGUUACCAGAGUAAUCCCUCGGAGCGAGUGGAGCGGGGAAGUCAGGAGCCGAUAUUCAAAUUAGAAGGACAUACUGAUUCGAUCAACGCGCUUGCAUUUUCGCAGCCGGAUGGGAAAUUUCUAGUUUCUGGGGGUUUGGAUGGGAAAAUACAAGUCUAUGUUACGAAUGGCAGUAAAUGGAAGAAAUACACCGAGGCCCGGGAAGUGGAGGAGGUAAAUUGGAUACUUGCGUGUCCGUAUGCGAAAGCACCGAAUACGUUUGCGUUUGGAGCGAAUGAUGGAUCGGUCUGGGUGUAUACUAUUGAUCCGAGUCAGAAGAAGGCACCGCUGCAAUUGAUGCAGAGCUAUUUUGCGCAUACGGAGAGUUGUACUGCGGGAGCCUGGUCGGCCGAUGGGAAGCUGUUGGCGAGUGUGAGUGAGGAUGGGUCGUUGUAUGUGUGGGAUGUUUUUGGGGAGGCGGCGGCGGCAGGAUUGACUGGAGAAGGUGGACAAACGGUGGUGGGACUCACGGCGUUGGACCAACGGUUUGCGGUUGAGGGGGGACUCUUCAGCGUGGGGAUUGCGCCGACCGGCGCGUUUGUGGCGGCGGGUGGUGCAGGUGGCUCGAUCAAAAUCGUGGGUUUACCACGCUUACCCGAUGCUUUGGGGGCGGGCGCCAGUCCCGGUCAAUCUGGACAGAUUCUCGCGGAUUUACAGGCUCAGGGUGAUGGAAUCGAAUCGAUUGCGUUUGCGCAACCCCCUCUAACACUCAUGGCCGCCGCAAGCGUAGAUGGAAGUAUUGCGCUCUUCGACUCGGCGCACAGAUUCGCAGUGCGUAGGCAUAUUAAAGAAGCGCACGAGGAGCACGCAGUAGUAAAAGUAGAGUUUGUGAAGAAUCCACAAUCGGGAGGAUGGUUAUUGACCAGUUGCGGAAUGGAUGGAGUAGUGAGACGGUGGGAUGCGAGGGGUGGAACGGGAAUUGCGAAUUCGGGGCUGGUGGGGGAGUGGAAGGGUCAUAGGGGGGAUGGCGUGGGGGUCAUGGGGUUUGUCCAGGGUGAUGGGAAUAGAAUUGUUACGGCGGGUGAUGAUGGGAUUAGUUUGGUUUUUGAAUCGCCUAUUUAG